UAGUGCUCUAUAUAAACAGUUCCUUCCGGGACACACACACGUGUGUGUGUACACGCAGGCCACACACCACGCAUGCGUGUGCACUCACAAGCUUCAGGAAGCUGUGGUUAGUGCAUCUACCUUUAAUCUGAGAGCUGAAAGUACACCGUCAUGGCGGAUCUAAAAAGAUAUUGGUGUGAACGGGCUCUAGAUGCAUUCUCUGAAAAAACAAGAAAGAGUCAGCAGCAGAUAUUUUCUCCCAUUCUUUGGAUCCCUCUCCUCUUCCUACUCAUGGGGCUAGGAGCCUCUGGGAAGGAAACACCCCCAAGAGUGAUAUCAGGGAUCCUAGGGGGUUCUGUGACUUUCCCCCUAAAUAUCUCAAUAAAUGCAGAAAUUGAGCUCAUCACCUGGACUUACCUCUCAAAGACUCUUGUUUUAGCCAUCACCAGCAGAUCUGGUAUAACGAUUCUGCUCAAAGAAUACAGUGGCCGACUCAACAUCAGCCAAGAUGGCUACUCCUUGUGCAUGAGUAACCUAACCAAGAGUGAUUCAGGAUCCUACCAGGCUCAAAUAAUCCAAAAGAAUGUUGACCACACCGUGAGGAACGAGUUCAUACUGCACAUCUAUGAGCAGCUACAGGAGCCUCAAGUCACCGUGAAAUCUAUGACCUCAUCUGAGAAUGAUUCCUGCACUGUCACCCUAAUCUGCACUGUAAAUGGGUCAAAGGAUGGUGUCCAGUACAGCUGGAUCCAAAAGGACACCCAUAAUAAGACAUCCCAUGAAAGUCACAUCCUCAGGGUUUCCCCAAGUGCCUGUGACCCGGACCUACCGUAUACCUGCACAGCUCGCAAUCCAGUCAGCCAAAACAGCUCCCAACCUGUCCGCGUCCGGCAGUUCUGUACAGGAACCUCCAGAAAAAAAACAACUGGGAAGACUGUGAUAGGAAUCCUGGGAGAGCCAGUGACCCUGUCCUUGGAAUUCCCGGCCAGUGAGGAAACAAAGAAUGUUGUCUGGGUAUUUAACACAUCGGUUAUCAGCCAAGAACCGAAAGGAGCAGCAACAGUGGAUCCUCACCGCCAUAAGUCCAAAAGUUCUGAAGAAAGGAGGUUGAGGAUCUCUGACCAGGACAGCUCCCUGAAGAUCAGCCAGCUGAAGAUGGAGGACACAGGCCCCUACCAUGCCUAUGUGUGCUCAGAGACCUCCAGAGGCCCCAGUGUGAGACACUUCACCCUGCUCGUCUACCAGAGACUGAAGAAGCCCAACGUCACCCAGAGUCCUGUGCACAUGACGAAUGGCAUCUGCGAGGUUGUCCUGACCUGCUCAGUGGAAGGUGGUGAAAAAGACGUGAGGUACACGUGGAUGCCUCUGCAAAAGGAAACUGUCAUGUCCCAAGGGAAGUCGCACCUCAACGUCUCCUGGAAGAUUGGUGAACGCCUGCCCAACUUCACAUGCACAACCCAUAACCCUGUCAGCAACAGCUCCCGCCAGUUGUCUUCUGGGAGCCUCUGUUCAGGCCCAGAGAGAAACAAAAGGCUUUGGAUCCUGCUCCUCCUGGGUUUGUUCUUGGGGAUGCUCAUUGGCGGUUGCUUCAUUUUGAAGAAAAGGAAACUGUGUGAAGGUUCAUCUUUGGCCAUCAGGAACAGCCAAGCCAAGGUCCCAGCUGAAAUACCAGAAACCCCAGCUGGCCACAUAGGAUUUUCCGUGCUCUCCCAACAGUAUGAGAAAUUAGAUAUGCCUGCUAAGACUAUCAGACAUCACUCUACAUCCACCUCAGAUACCAGCUCUGAGAGCAGCGCAACAACAGAAGAGGAUGAUGAAAAGACCAGAAUGCAUAGCACUGUUAACGGUAGAAGUCAGGUGUACGACUUAUUCACUCAAGAGGACAUUGCACAUGACUUGGCCUCUGAGGGGCAAGCAGAAUAUGAAGCAGUUAGUCCAGAUGAUAAAGUGGCUAAGUCUAUGGAUGAAGAAGACACAGCAUACACACAAGAGUCCCUGAUUGUGCAGGGAAAGAACCCACUUCCUCAGAAGAAAGAAGGCUCAAAUACAAUCUACUGCUCUAUACAGAAACAUAAAACGGGAGAGAACCCACUUCCUCAGAAGAAAGAAGGCUCAAAUACAAUCUACUGCUCUUUACAGAAACAUAAAACGAUGGUGCAGACACCACAGCAAGAUACUGAGUCUCCUGAAACCCCUACCUAUGAAAAUUUCACCUGAAGUGAAAAGCAACUGCUACUUCUGGGAGGGGGCAAGGAUUUGGAGAAAAGCAGGCCUCGUACAUCCCGCUAUUUCUGCAGAAAGGACACAUUGGAAUUUCCUGCCAUGGCUUAGACUGGCCUGAAUUUGAUGCCUUCCUCUUCUUGUCAUCCUCCUUACCUCAUGAGCCCGUGUACAGGUCAGGCAGAGUCUCCUUGGAGCCUACAGGCUUUUAACGCCUUUUCUCUAUUUGUCUCUAUUCAUCCUCUAAAGUUCUUCCUCUAAACUAAAACUCACUAGAGAGUGUUCUCCUGAACACGGCUUUGGACCCACUUGACUUCUGUUCCCCACGUUGCAUUUAUUAGAAUACCUAUCAAUUCAAGCAGAGUUUUAUACUCAGUGAGAGCUUAAGUAUGACCAGUGUGUGGUUCGAAAAUGUAUGGCCGCCACCCCACCCCCUCUAGGCUCAUUUACUUGAAUGCUUAGUCAUAGGGUGGGGGAGGAAUGGCUUGAGAAGAUUAGGAGUGAGCAUUGUUGGAAUAGACGUGGCCUUGUUGGGAGAGUGUGUCACUGGAGGUGGAACUUGGACAUUCCAAAAUGCCCAGUGUCUCUCUCUUCCGCUGCCUGCACAUCUGGAUGGAGAACUCUCAGCUCCUUCACCAGCACCAUGUCUGCUUACAUACUACCAUGAUGUAAUGCACUAAACCUCUAAAACUGUAAGCCAACUGCAAUGCCUUCUCUCAUAACAGUUGCCUUGGUCAUAGUGUCUCUUCACAGCAAUAGAACACUGGUCGAGACGGAAGUUGGUACCAAGGAGCAGGAGUUAUUGCUGUGGACGGCCAGAACAUGCUAUUUGUUGGAGGAAUAUGGAAGACCUUGGGACUUCGGACUAGCAAAGUGGUUGGACAUUUUAAGCAGGGCAUAAUAGGCCAUCCCAUUAGGAGCAUGAAAGAAAAGUGCCAAGGGUGAUUUAAACUGUGGGGACCCAGCUCAAGAUGUUUCAAAAGAAUCAGGGGCAUCCCUACAUGGAGGAUAAAGCUGUGAAGGUGAAGUCUGGAUUGCCCUGGAGACCCCAAGCUGUUGGAGAUACCAGAGCCACAGGAUAUCUUCCAAGAUGAGCUGCAAACUAGGUGUGGAACUAGCCCAAGCUAGAGGACUAUGUUACGGUCAACAAAGCUGAAAGGAGUCAGAGAUCGGAAGAACACUUUGACAUCAGACAUGGAGAUGCAGAAUUUAGAGUCUGUCCUGCUGGUUCUCAUUCUUGUGUUUUACUCUAGUAUUUGUUUACUAUGAGCCGCUUUCUAGGUUUUGAAAAGGUAAUGUGUAUUUCGUGCCACUAUAUGCUGAAAGUGUGUGAUCUGCUUUUAUUUUUUAUUAUUUUGAUAUUAUGGGAGUUACAGUUAAGAGAUUACCAUGAACCUCAGAAGAGACUUUGAACUUUGGACUUUUAAACAGUGUUAAGACUGCGACAGAUUACAGGAACUUUUAAAGUUGGACUAAAUGUACUUUGCAUUAUAAUAUAGCUAUAAGUCUACAGGGGGUGGGGGCAGGAAAUGCAGUGUGGUGAUGGUUUGAAUAAGAAUGGCUCCCGUACUGUCUCUGACUCAAUUGCCUGCCUUUGGAUCCUUUUUUUAUAGCUGGACUGCCUUGUCUGCCUCAGUGGGAGAGGAUAUACCUAGUCCUAUUGGGGUUUGAUGUGCCAGAGUGGGUUGGUACCUUCUCUGAGGAGAAGGGGAGAGGGGAGUUGGGGGGGUGUAGUGUGAGGGUAGAACUGGGAGGAGGGGGAGCUGUGGUGAGGAUGUAAAGUGAAGGAAUAAAUUAAUGAAGAAAAACUUUUUUUAAAACAAGUGGUCCUGGGGCUGGGGAUUUAGCUCAGUGGUAGAGCGCUUACCUAGGAAGCGCAAGGCCCUGGGUUCGGUCCCCAGCUCCGAAAAAAAGAACCAAAAAAAAAAAAAAAAAGAACAAGUGGUCCCCAUAAGUUCAGAUGCUUGAAUGGUUAGCUAUCGGGGAGUGGAACUACUUGAGAAGGCCUUGUUGAAGGAAGUCUGUCACUGGGGGGUGGGCUUUAAGUUUUCAAAAGCCCAGCCAGGCCCAGUAGCUUUCUCUUCCUGCUGUUCUUGGAUCAAGAUGUAGAACUCUCAGCUCCCUCUUCAGCCCCGUAUCUGCCUGUGUGCCACCGUGCUCCCCAUCAUGGUGACAAUGGAGGAAACUGUAAGUGAGUCCCAGUCAAUGCUUUCUCUCAUAAGAGUUGCCAUAGUCACGGUGUCUCAUCACAGCACUAAAGCACUGACUGUGACAGCCAGUUUGUCAGCUCAUUGAAAGUAUCACUGUCCUUGUAUAGCGACAUGGCAAAAGCUUAAUAAUCAGAUAUACAAUUAUGAUCGUAUUAUAUACAGAACAUUCCGGAACAGGGCAUCCCUAAAAGACUACUUGCAUAGGACUACUUCUGGUCAAAUGAUAAUUGAAGGAGGCCAGGACUGACCAACCUUCAUACCAUCUUCUCAACAGCACCUCCUCCCCAAUGAACCCAACAGGUAUUUUCACACAUGAGCACACAGGUCUACAUGAAGCAAUGCUCACUCUGGUAUUACUUAAAAUACAGAGUGGAAAAUAAGCCAUUUACUGAAACUCUGUUCCAAUACAUGGUCGCCUCCCCAAGCAGUGGCAAACUUGUAGAGAAAGCAAAGGUUAAUGUGCCAUAUGGGAUACAUUGUUGAGUGUCCAGAACAGUACGUAUUGUGUGCCAUCAGAUGGAUUAGAAAAUCCUAAGUCUACAUGCUUAUGUAAGGCAUGGCAAAGUCUAAAUGGAAAUAUAAAAUCAGUGACUGCUUCCAGAGGAGUGAACAAGAACCUUAGAUUGAGGGGACUUUUUUUAUUGAAUACUUUUCUUGUAUCGCUUGAUUGAAAAAAUAAAGCACUUUAAAAAUUAGUGUUUUUCAACACUUUUUAAAA